AUGUCUUUUACUGCCAGAUCAAUAAACCUUUUAUAUCACCUUAAAAAACUGAUAAUACGAUUCUAUGGAGUUUUAUUCCCUGCAUCAUUUAUAGCUGUCAUAUUGAUAAGUGUGGGGUAUUUAUUAUCAGAAGUGACAGAAAGUAAAGAGGUAUCCAGACCUCAAGAUAUAAUAUGGAAGAGUUGUAAACCCUAUAUCGUGUUACCAGUAAUAUCUGUACUUAGAUAUAUCCUCAGUAUACCCAAGAUUACGAAGCUAAUGUUACAAUACGGUAUUCCAUUAGAAGACAGUCAUUCAUUGUUAGACCAGGCUAUCUGGUCACCAUUUCUACCUGUUAUACUGUACCUUAUAGCAUUCGGUACUAGUUAUCUACAGACCACUCUAUUUUAUUAUAUAUUUAAACUUACAGCUACAGUCACAGCUAAAUUAUUUUCUUGGGUACCAAACUCUGUAUUUACCGUGGGUUUUAUACUAGAGAUAGCUAUAGGAGUAGUAGGUGUAAUAAUCUCGUCUAUAUAUUGUGGUGUUAUUGGUCUUAUUCUUAUUUAUAUACUUAUCACAUUCAAUGUUUUAAGAUCAUUCCAUAUUUACCAUACCAGUAAAAAAAAAGAAGAUGAAAAAUGUUUAAAUAGUUUAUUUUUUCUAUUAUUAUUAAUAUUAUGGAAUAUACUUCUUAAUCUACCUUUUAUGGUCGUUUGGUUUAAAAAUCUCAGUUAUUCCUCAUCAUUGGGAUAUGAUCCUAGCCGUAUUCCGUGUAGUGUUUUAUCACUAGCUAGCUUAAUAUAUAUUUUAAUACAACCUAAAUACAGUUUGUCAAGUGGAACUAGAAAAUUUGUGUUUUUUGGAGUGACGUUCUAUUUAACGGCAGUGUUCGUCGUGUUAUACUGUUUCACGUCUGUGUAUCGACUAUCAUAUAUCAUCACUAUCGUUGUGACAAAUUCUGUGAUUUUUUCAUCAAUUAAUGAAUUCAUAGCCAGAAGACGAUUAAGGAAUUCUGUGAAAGUUCUGAAAAAUUCCAAAGACUUUUCUAAAAUGGAUUCUUCAAAUAACAUGUCGGAACAUUUGGAAAGUAGUGAUAUUGAAAUGUUGAUUACAAGAAUUUCUAAUUUAUCUAUUUUGGAUGAAGAUAUUAGUGAAUCUUUUAGUAAGUCGAUGAAUUUAUGA